AGAUGACGGACCCACCCCCGUCAUGGACCCGCUUUUACUUUCCUCUUCCAUGCUUCUCGGCAAAAGUCCCGCCCGACGAACUCAACCUCAGAUCAUCCAAUUGCGACUGCGAAUCAUCAUGCCCCCAGAGCUACUGCACGACGAAGCCUAUGCAUCGGAAGAAGACUCCGAUUUCGCACCGGAAGACGCACUCGCCGAAGAGUCAUCGGAGUCUGACGAGGAAGAGGCAACCGACGCCGAGAGGUCUGGCCCGGGGAAGCGCAAGCGACCCUCUGGCGAAGAUGGCGCGGACGAUGAUGGGUUUCAGAACUCAGGGGAUGAGGCAAUAAUAGAGAAGGGGAGAAAGCGACAACAGAAGUCCAGGAGGAAAGAUAGUGCCAGCGAUGGAGACGAGCCAGGCGAAGGAGGGCUUAUCAAGACGCGGCGGAUGCGCGCAGCCGAGAAGGCCGAAAAACAAACAGCAGCCGCCAGCGGCCCGGUCACCAUUGACGUGGAUGAGCUGUGGGCUCGGAUGACGAGCGAACCCGUCUGCCGCAGACCCCAGGACGAAUCGGCCUCCGCACAACCACACAAGGAGCCCCCCAGGCCUCCCUCGCAAGCGCAGCCGGAGUCGGCGAGCGCCACUGGAGAUGCCGAUCUGAUUCGGAUCAAACGGACCUACAACUUCGCCGGCAAAGUACACACCGAGGAGAAGCUCGUCUCCCGCGACUCGGCCGAAGCGAAACUCUACCUUGCCGAGAACGGCGCCGAUGGCGCUUCCCCGGGCGAUGACUCCUCUUCCCAACCGUCAAAACGCAUGCCCCGCAAAGCGUUCCGCUCCGCCUUCGAGCCCGUCCCCGCCGACGGCGUAGCCCAGCGGUCGGACCUGAACCUGGGCAUGUCCGCGCGGCUGCGGGCGCGGGAGCUGGCCAGGGAGGCCGACGCCAAGAAGCUGAACACGGUGGAGAAGAGCAGGAUGGACUGGGCUGCGUUCGUCGACAGAGAGGGGAUCAAGGACGAGCUGGAGCUGGCGGGCAAGUCGAAGAACUCGUUUGCGGCGCGGCAAGACUUUUUGGCCCGCAGCGAGGCCAUCCGGGAAGAGGAGGCGAGACGGUUGCGGAUGGCAGGGAGGGCGUAAUGGGAUGUGUGUGCUGGAAUUUGAAUUUGAUGAGUGCCAUCACAUCACCAACGACUAACCAGCUCUGUGCUCGCUCACCCUCAAAUCCCUCCUUAACCACUCCCUCCUUUCCCAGUCACGCUACAGCUUUCCCUUCUCCCCACUCGCCCUCGCCGGCGGCAGGAGCGUAACCUCCUGAUACGGCAGCCCCAAGAACUUAUACACAAAGUGGAACCUGCGCCGCGUCAGCACUCCGACACGCCUCCUCCCCACGGCUUUCCCUCAGCUCCCCCGGCGAGGUAAGUUAAAUCAGCUAAGCCAGACAGAUAACCAAGCAC